AUGUGCGGAGUGAAAUUCUCGAAUUUUGCAACUUACCAUCUCCCUUCCCCAUUCACUGGACAUUUUAGCUACCCCUCUUGCAUCAACUUUCCAUCAAAAUUCACUGCAUGCCUCCGCAACCUCCACCACAAGUCGCACCUGCGACUUUGCGAGGAGCAUAGAUACGCAUCCCAGCACAGCACAGUAUCCGAGAUGAUGGACGAAAUUGAACUCCAGCUUUGCCUGGACAUUGAAGAAUCGGCGAUGGCUUGUUCUAUGCCUCCUCCACCGCUACCAUCGCACCCAUCAUCAGAAAAUGCUUGCAGAACACAUGAUAAGGGUAGGCCAGAUCAAGGACACACCUGGCAGGGGCAGGGGACACCAUCGUUUCCUGGGGUCCGGAGGGAGAAGCGGCCUGCGGAGUGUUUAGGGGAUGGAAUUGAUGAAAAUGGUGAUUGUGUUGGUGAAUGUACUGACGAGCACGGGAUUGCUUUUCCGAUGAGUGGCUCGUUGGGAUGUGAGGAUGGGAGUGAACCCGGGAGUUAUCUACGACGUCCGCCGAGGAAGAGAGCUCGGACUUUGCUUUUGGUUGAUGGGAAGGGUGGGGUUAGGAUUGGUGACGACGACGGUGGUGAUGAUGCUGUUGCGCUUGGUAUAGGGGUGGUGGGAGAUUUGGGGAGAAUUUUAUCAUCGGCGCCUCUCCCUGAUAUUGGGGAGGACACCGAUACUAACACUCAGCACUCAGAUCAUGCCGUUAAAGCUAUGGGUAUACAGGCCGUGGAUGUUGAAGAGGAUAUGGAUAUUGAUGGCGAUAUUCAAACGGAUGUUAUGGAGCCCAUACCGUCUCAGUCUCCGGCUAGGCACACUACCUUGCAUCGUCCCCAGCCGCCAUUCACGGAGUUUCUUGAUGGAGCAUACAUGCCCGCACUACUAGAUAGCUUGUCGUCACCGCGAGAUGAGAAGGACCACGACUCUCGCCAGUUCUUGAUCUACGAAGACCCAGAGGACAUGGAUAUCGACGGCGUGGGUUAUUUCGAAACAACCUUGUAUCUCUCACCGGAAGAUGACAAGGAGAAUACGGAGGAAGGAGUUGAUCAACAAAAUCAUCCCCAUUCACGCGAGCACGAACAAACCAACGAAAGUAACUUGGAUCCUAGCUACGACUUCUCAUUUGAUGAACACGGUUCAUACAACCCCGGCCAAACCACUGAACAACACCCUGACCACAACAUCACCACAGCCCACAAUCAAAGCCUGACAAGGCCCACAGGAUCCGAAAGACAACAUUCCCAAAGAGGGCGCAUCGCACCCUCAGCCUAUCCGCAAGAAUUAGAAUUCCCAGACCACAGCAGCAGAGACGACGCGCGGCAAUUUUCGUUCCUCCUGAGCGAGACACCUCCGCCUAUAACGCCUAGAAUAGAUACAUUGGGACUCGAAUACACACUACCAUCUCCUACUUCGCUCAGCGCUACCGAGGUUUCCUUACGUGCUCUUCUUCCCAGCCAGACUGCGGAAGCCGAUAGUCCGACACAGCCAGAAAACAAUAUGCGAAUUCACCCUCGCCGUUAUCGUAGGGUAAAUCGGUAUUCUUGUUAG